GCUAAAAUAUGGGACACCAUUGUUGCAGCAAGCAAAAGGUCAAGAGAGGUCUCUGGUCUCCCGAAGAAGACGAUAAACUCAUCAAACAAAUCACUUCUCACGGCCAUGGCUGCUGGAGUUCCGUCCCCAAGCUCGCCGGUUUGCAGAGAUGCGGAAAGAGUUGUAGAUUGAGAUGGAUAAAUUAUUUAAGACCCGAUUUGAAAAGGGGAUCUUUUACGGAAAUUGAGGAGAGGAUCAUAGUUGAUGUUCAUAGGAUUUUGGGGAAUCGAUGGGCACAAAUUGCGAAACAUUUACCGGGAAGAACUGAUAACGAGGUGAAGAAUUUUUGGAAUUCUUGUAUAAAAAAGAAACUCAUUGCUCAAGGACUUGAUCCCAAUACUCAUAAUCUUCUAUCCAAGAACACUACUAAUGAUAAACAUAUAUUAUUUAACAUUAACAACAAUACUACUAAAAACGCGAAUCAUCAUCAAGCGAAGAAGCUACCGCAGAUACCGGAUUCAGGGUUGUUUUCGAUCAGCACAGGAACAUGGCAUCCUAAGGAGAUUGUGCCACCGGAAUUAUCAAACAAAGAACCGUUUGUCAUGACAAUGACAUUACCACCUUCUUCUUCAACCGAUCAAAAUAUGAACUUUUGUCAAUAUGUUAACUUUGCUCCACCAAUCUUGCCGAUGAUGGAGGAGGAAUAUGUAAUGGGUGAUGAACAAGAACAGAUUAAUGUCGGUUGGGAUGAAGAUGGGAUCGGAAAUGGUGGAAUCGCCGCCGCCGCGAUGGAUAAUUCAUUAGUGGUGCCACCGGUAGGGGAUGAUGAGUUUGAUAAAUUAAUGGGGUAUUCAUCUUUUAUGUCUUCUUGUGGAAUGUAUAGUAGUAAUCUAUUUUGGAAUGAGGAAGAAAUCACCCGUUAUUUGCGUCCUUCAAUUGAUGAAGCCCUAACUUCGCCGUUCAUUCAUUUAUCCAUUUCCUCUCUCAAUUACAAGAAGCUUUCGUCGACGGUUGUUGCUGAAUCAUCAGCUUCCAUUUCUAGGUUUACAAGGUACAGGAUUACUGUUUUCUGA